ACACUCGCAGCGUUUUAAACCCAACCCUCAACCCUCUCUCCCAUCUCUCUCUCUCUCUCUCUCUCUCUAAGAUCUCAGACGGCGAUGGCUUCUGUGAACCAAGACAACGUCCCAGGGGCCACAGGCACCACUCCGUCGAAGAAAUCUCAGGCGCCGGCGAAGACCGCCGAUUCACAGUCGGUUCUCAAAAGGCUUCAAUCUGAGUUGAUGGCGUUAAUGAUGGGUGGAGAUUCGGGGAUAUCUGCAUUCCCUGAAGAAGACAACAUAUUCUGCUGGAAAGGGACCAUCAAUGGAAGCAAAGAGACAGUUUUCGAAGGGACUCAAUACAGAUUGUCCCUUUCUUUCCCCAAUGACUAUCCCUUUAAGCCUCCCAAGGUCAAGUUCGAGUCUUUCUGUUACCAUCCCAAUGUCGAUGUCCGCGGCCACAUUUGCUUGGAUAUUCUUCAGGAUAAAUGGUCUUCGGCUUAUGAUGUGAGAACCAUCCUCUUAUCGAUCCAGAGUCUUCUCGGAGAACCAAACACUAGCUCACCUUUGAACCCCCAAGCAGCACAACUGUGGAGCAAUCAAGAAGAAUAUAGGAAGAUGGUGGAGAAGUUGUACAAGCCUCCAAAUGCUUAAUUGAGAUGCAAGGAGUCUUCAGUGUAGGAUUAAUGAUUCGGUUUCUCAUUCAGUGUGUUCCAUUCGUUCAUUUUGUUCUUGUUGUUUUCUCUUUACAAAUGAGAAAUUUGAAGGACCUUGUUAUAUUCAAAAGGUGUAGACAUUAAUUCA